AUGUACACCAAAUUCCAUUUGUCGAACAUUCUUCUAGCGAUUCUCACCAUUUUCUCGUAUUUGCAUAUUCAUUUUCGAAUUCGCGAGAUCGACGAGCAAUGCCGCGAGGCGUUUGAAGCGCACACAAAUUUGGCGACGAGCUCACGACACAAACGCGCGAUUCAGAAUCGCACCGACACUCUUUGGCUGACGUCGUUGUCGUCGGUGAAAAUUGGCGAUGUGAUGAGAAAGUGCACCGAAAUUCACGAGUAUUGCAGCGAUAGCGACGAUUUGAGAGGAAGGCCUGGCCCGCCAGGGCCUAUAGGCCCUCCAGGAAAACAUGGACCACCAGGUCCGCAAGGACGUCGAGGUUUAAUGGGAGUUCCAGGACAUCCGGGACCACGAGGUCCGCCGGGCAAUAUUGGAAAAGACGCCAACUGCGAUGCUUGUCCGAUUAGUGACGAGCUAUUGAUGACAAGAGAGCUACAAUGUCCUACAAUUGAAAAUUUGGAGUGCGCCAAAGAAAAUGAGAAGACAACGCCGUUUCCGCAAAUCACUCAACAACCGAUUCCGAUGCUUGUUCAACAUCUAUUGACGAAUUAUAGCGAUGUCGAGGGAUGCGUGAAAAUGUGUCUGAAAAACUAUACGGACGACGAAGAGCCAACGGCGACAACACCCGUUGCUUAUAUACAAGGAGUUACAGCACAUUGUCGACUUCAAAAUGUUGGCAAACCGGUAUUCCACUCGCAUUCGACAACCUACUUCGGCUCAUGGAUGCGAGACGCCUAUCCGCCAACUGGAGAUGAUGCUCGAAAACGAUAUGUGAUGAAUCAUUUCCAAGGUCACGAGCUUAUCGAGUACAAGAACGAAGCUGAAAUGCGUCGAGAGCACGUGAGCAAAGUUCAUCGCCUUCCGUACAUAUUCGACGGCACAAAUCAUGUGAUCUUCAAUUCGACACUGUUUUACCAGCGCGCUGGCCAUCCGAUCAUCGCCAAAUACGAGUUCAACACCAAAAAGUAUUCGCAGUUCGAAAUUCCCGACGCCGCUUAUCGCGGCGACGACUAUCUCUACAACAACUCGAUGAAUUAUUUCGAUAUUUCGAUCGAUGAAAACGCGCUUUGGGUGAUUUUCCGCUACAAGAAUGAGGCGUUCGUCUCGGUGGCGAAAGUCGACAUCAACAAUUUGACGAUAUACGAGACGUUCAACUUGACAACCGUCAACCACACACAAGUGUCGAAUGGCAUCGUCAUUUGCGGAACCAUCUAUUUGGUCGAAAGCUCCACAGAGCAAUCAAGCUUCAUCUCGACGGCCUUCGAUUUCUACAGAGACACCUACUCGCAGCCGCUUAUCAAAUGGAUCAAUUUAUACAAGAAUGCGAAUAUGAUAAGUUAUAAUCCUUUUGACAAACGGAUAUACAUCUACGAUCAUGGAUAUAUGCUAACAGUGCCCCCAUUCCUACAUUGGCUAGCUAAAUGA